AUGCAAAUUUUGAUUAAAGUAUUUCUUAUAAUCUUAUUAAAUGUGGCUGUAUAUUCGGCAACUAUCAAGAUUGGUGUGAUAUUGAUGGAGUCAGCACCCGAACCAUUUGACAUGCGUCGUGUAGGUCCAGCCAUUGAUCUCGCUAUAGAGUCGGCUAGAACCAGUUUAGGUGUAAAUCUAGAGCCCAUAAAAAGAAAUUACUCGGGAGUGUGUCCCUACGAGCCUCCUGUUGGAUUGUUGUCGGACUUAUAUCAGUUAGAAAACAUCAAAGGCGUGAUAGGCCCCGCGUGCUCCCAGGGGCUUCUGGCGUCAGCUCGCCUUGCGCAAUAUUUUAAGUUGCCUAUGAUAACAGGUCUUGGCGAUCUUGUUAUCAGAAGAAACGACAUCGACAUGUUUAAAUCGUUAACUAUUCUGUCGUACGAUCUGCGAAAAUUAUCAUAUUCGAUAUCUGCUAUUAUGCAAGAAUAUCAAUGGCAGCAUACAGCGAUUCUCUAUGAUUUAACUUACGUUUUCUUUGACUUGGCGGGCUCAAAUCUCGUCUACGACUUCCGGCUCUCCAACACGGUUGCUAGACCGUAUGAUUUACCAUUCAUCCCAGAGAAGGUUUCGGAUUACGGGGACUUGCUGGUAGAAGCUGGCGCUCAUGCUAGAGUUUUCAUCAUUUUCUGCGACUCUGACCUGUUACGGGACAUUCUGUACAGAGCAUAUCACCUGGGCAUGGCCAACGGAGAUUACGUAUUUAUAACCAUGGAGCUAUUUCCGAGUGACUGGCUCGGGUAUUAUACUGAUUUUCUGCGAGGUGACGAGAAGGACGUUGAAGUGACAAAGGCGUACGAAUCCCUGCUGCUACUGACCCUACGACAACCUGAUAACCCAGAAUAUGAAGCCUUUGCAGAGGAGGUGAAACUAAGAGCCAAACGGGAUUAUGGUUAUGAAUUUGGUGCUGAAGAAGCGGUAAAUUAUUUCAUCACGGCUUUCUAUGACAGUGCUAUAUACCUAGCUUUAUCCUAUAAAACUGUUCUUGACGAGGGAGGAGAUAUAGAUGACGGAAUGGCGGUUGCCCAACGGCUAUGGAAUUCUACAUUUGAAGGUAUAACAGGACCAGUAAAAGUUGACGAGGUAGGAAACAGAGUGGCAGACUUCGAUUUAUUUGAUAUGAAAUCCCCUGAUACAAAGAAAUUCCAGUUGGUUGGACGGUUUCGCGGAGCAACUCAGCAAUAUGUGACACAAGAGAACGUACAGAUUGUUUGGCCGAACGGAUUACCGGUAGAUAAACCAAAAUGCGGAUAUAGCAAUGAGUUGUGUGUCGAAACCAUAGAAAACAACACCACUACAAUUAUUGUCGUCUGUGUGUCUAUCGUAAUCGUGGCAACGGUAGCCCUGAUUGUCAUUUCCCUGGCUUACAGGAAAAUAAAAACAGAGCAAGAUUUGGGCCGAAGAACGUGGCUUGUAGACUAUUGUGAUGUACAGAUUCGUAAAGGAAGGCUCAAUGAUUCCUUUCUCUCCAAGUCACUGCUCACUCUAGAUACCAAAGAGGAAAUGGCUCAGGUGUUUACCCGUACGGGGUACUGCAAAAACCAGACAGUGGCUAUCAGAAAACUUCACCUGCAUAACAUUGAAAUUACUCGUCAAAUUGCCAUAGAAUUUAGACAGAUGCAGUUAGCUUCUCACGGAAACAUUGCAAAAUUUGUGGGCGCGUGUCUUGACAGCCAAAAUGCUAUGAUUUUAAUGGAAUAUUGUCCACGAGGAAGUCUUCAGGACAUGUUGCAGAAUGACAGUAUCGAGUUAGAUUGGGCUUUCCGGUAUUCGCUUAUUAAUGACGUCAUCAAGGGAAUGGUGUACUUACACAACAGUCCUAUACACGUGCACGGGCGUCUCUCGAGUACUAACUGUGUUAUAGACAGUCGCUUUGCCCUCAAACUGACAGACUACGGCCCUAAAAGUAUCCUGACACGAGACAGAGCAGAGGAACGCAAGAAGUCUUGUUUGGCAGAGACUUUCAACACUGGAAAGUUGUUGUGGACAGCACCAGAACAUUUGAAUAUGUCGCCUGACGGAUCAAUCGGUGCUUCACAGAAAGGCGAUGUAUACUCCUUCGGCAUAAUUCUACAGGAGAUCGCCAUGAGAGCCGGGCCAUACGAAGGCAAUGACCAGAGUGCUGAUGAAAUUCUGAGGAUUUUAUCAAAUAAAGAAGAUGAUAUAAUACGCCCAGUUGUACCUCCAGACGCUUGUUCAUCUGCCCUGUCAUACAUGAUGAAAAAUUGUUGGAUUGAUAAUCCAGUUGACAGACCAACAUUCAAUGAACUGGACGAAACAUUCAGAAAGAUGCGCGCAGGUCAUACAACAAACAUAAUGGACAAUUUGUUACAACGUAUGUCCAACUAUGCGGAUAACUUAGAAGCAUUAGCAGCCGAAAGAACAAAAGCCUAUCUCGAAGAGAAACAGAAAGUGGAAGAACUUUUACAUAGACUUCUACCACCGUCGGUCGCAAGACAACUUCAAUCCGGACAGCCCGUGGCCCCAGAAACAUAUGACUGUGUUACUGUUUACUUUUCGGAUAUCGUAGGAUUUACAACUAUAUGUAGCAAAAGUUCACCAAUUGAGGUUGUUGACCUUUUGAAUGACCUGUACACAGCCUUUGAUAAUGCAAUAGGCAGAUUUAGGGUUUAUAAGGUUGAGACUAUCGGGGAUGCAUACAUGUGUGUGUCUGGUCUACCGGAGAAAAUUGGCGUCUAUCACGUGACAGAGAUAUGCAACAUGUCAUUGGUUAUCUUAAACACAGUGAAACAUUUUACAAUACGACAUAUGCCGUCGGAACCAUUAAGAGUGAGAAUAGGAGUUCAUUCAGGUCCAGUUGUUGCUGGUGUUGUUGGUCUGACAAUGCCGAGGUAUUGCCUUUUUGGAGAUACAGUAAAUACAGCCUCUCGUAUGGAAUCCACUUCUGAAGCUUCAAAAAUACAGCUGUCACCUACUUCAAAACAGUUGUUAGAAGACUUCCCGGCAUAUCAACUUCAGGAGAGAGGAGAAAUUGAAGUGAAGGGUAAAGGUCUAAUGACGACGUACUGGUUAGAAAGUUGCCACAGAAAAGAAAGUGUUAUUACUCCCGGUUCAACGUGUUAGAAAUGAAAUGUUUCAUUUAGACCUCUUUGAAGACGAAAUAAUAUAAAUUUCAAUCAUAUACUAGUAUUAUCAAAACAAGUACACAUGUUUGAGAAUGAUGAAAUCCACUCAAUUUUUAUAGCAGAUACAUAAAAAAAAUUAUAACAUUGAAAUUUAUAUUUAUUUAUCUAAUUAAGUCCGCGCAUAUCACCGUCUACUAACGAGAUGAAUUAACCAAUUCAUUUAUAGCUCACCUGAGCAUUACCAAGAAGAUCUUAUGGUGAGCUUUUAUGAUCUCUGGAUGUCCGGUCUGAGUCGUAGUCCCAUCGAUCACUGUUUAAAUUCUAGAAUCGGUAUUUAAGAAGCAAUGCUAGUUAAAUCAAACUUGAAUACGACGAUAAGGUCAAAAGUUCUAGUCAUUAAUUGACCGAAAUAGCCAUAUUUUACCAUGUAGGAACACCCUUGCACAUUAGUUUCUUUACUAAUUCUGAAACAGUACGUGUAUGUCCUCAUUAAGUUUGUUGAUGACUUUGUUAGGAAUAGCAUGCCUAAAAUUAUAGACCAUUGAUUUAACUAAUUAAGUUCAAAGUCAGCACUGCCAUUUCGACACCAUUCCCAAGCAUAUAUGUAUAACUCUCAUUCAAGUUAGAUUAUGAGCUACAUCGGAAAUGAGGUUCAGAAUUCUGUGCCUUUGAUAUGUCAAAGAUGCUAUAUGUCUCUAUAUUUAUAUAUUUCUUAUUUUAACACCUUCAUUUCAUCCUCAGUUAAAAUCAUACGUACGCAAAAUGUGUGUACUUAAGACAUCGUUUACGUUUGUUUCUAGACCGGAAUAAUUAAUCUACAGUUAUGUGCCAUUGAUUUUUCAAAUCAAACUUCCGUGAGUACUUAUUGGCGAAGACAUUCUAUCAUUCUAUCCAUCUUUUAUUAGGAUUGGCACACAAAAGAUGGUGCUAGAAUGUAAACAUUGUUUAAACAUAGCAAAGUAUGUCGUUUUGUUUACGUUCUAAAUGAGAACAGGUGCUUUAUAACCCUUGGUUUAUCAUUCUGUAUAUCGCCAUUUAAACACUCUUCGCCAGACUUAACCAAAGCUAGACAUAGUGUUUAUUCCUACUGAACCGUGUUCGAGUUGUAUCAAGGAACCAACAUAACAACAUUUAUUUCCAGAAGUGUCCAUGCUUUAGCAAAUAUUGCCUUAUCAAGUUCACCACAUGUGUGCUGUAUGGCAUUUCGUCACCAAAGUCGAUCGUAUUUUAGAUGUGUUUUCCUCUGUGACCUUUGUGGUAAGAUCAGAUAUGUGUUGGGCAGUAUGUGGUCUUUUUUAGCAACAAUUGACUUCUAACACAUUUCGAUGAAAAUUCUGUAUCAUAACACAUAAUACUACCAUACUAAAUUUGGUAUGCGAAUUCAAUUUAUUUCGAGAUGUUUUUGAGUGGAGUAGUUAAGUCCGGUCUGUGUGACAUUGACCUUUUCGUUAAGAUCAGUGAUACUCAGGUGUGAGAUAAAGAGCUAUCAUGGUCGUCUUCGUACCAUUAACUCUUUACCUAAUCGCUAGCAACAUUUUAAAUGUGAUACAAAAAUACUGUAAGUCUGCAUUUUAUCUUUAUAUAAAGGUUUUGAUUUUAUAUGAAUGUCUUUGAAAGCUGGUGUCAAGUAUGUAAUUCACCUCAAGAACGAGGGCCGUUCACAAAAUACUUAGACUGAUGCCUUUACUCCAAAACUUGCCAAAAACAGACGUCUUAAAUGUUUUCAUUUUAAACAAUAAUGUGCCUGCUACAAAUAGAUUGAACCUGAAAGUGCUGCAUUGCAAUAUACAGUUGCAUUUGAAUUAGAGUAUUCAUUUUCAGGAAGAUAUUAGUCUGAUAUAUCUAAAUGGAACAUAUAGAUAAAAGACUUUUUAUCAUUAACUUCACGGGUAACCAUAAACCAAUAUAUGUAUAGCUGUGUUAUGCUUUAUGUUGU